CUUGCGCUUGAACCUCGUGCGCCAUAGGUUCAGAAGCACUGUAUCAAGAUAUGGCUGCGUGCCUCAGGUUCACCCGACGGGUAUGGCGUUCGUUCGUGGAGAACAAAGGGCACGACCAGCAAUGUUUCCCAAAUCUCAAGAUCCUUGACGCGAAGCCUGGCGAGCUCCGUGCUUCCCUCAAGAUCGAGCCCUACAAUCUCAACCGUGUUGGCACCGCACAUGGCGGGCUCAUAAUGUCCCUCACGGAUACGCUUGGUUCCCUCGCCGUCGCCACAAAAGGCCAGUACAUGACCGGUGUCUCCGUCGACAUUGGCACGUCCUUCGUCAAACCCGCUGGCCGCGUUGGCGAUGAGCUGACUGCGAAAGCGGUCGUCACUGCCCUCGGCAAGUCGCUUGCGUACACCCGGGUUGACUUCUACAACGCCCAAGGGCAGCUUGCCGCCUACGGCCAUCACACCAAGUACGUCGGGAAAUCAGCCGGGCACAAGAACGACGUGAAGUUCUCCGAAGAUGGGGAGCGCGUUAUAGAGGGCGAAGAUGUCGACUAA